AACACGAAAGUCGAACUAUGAAUAAGAACGCGCGUACGUAAUUAGGUAGCCUACUAUAGCCGACCAGCCAGGAUAGCUGUGUCACAAUAAUUAGACGGUCCUAACAUUGACUCACCACUAUCGCGUACAUUCCCCACACAUACCUCGGAUAAAAAUUGCCAAAGCACGGAUCAUCUUUGAAGCCCUUAGAGGAAGUGAUACUUCGCUAUUGUUCCUGGGACACGUCUGUCUUUACUGUCUUUAAAAUAAAUACAGUUUAAUUGACUGUUGAAAGCAAGGUGUCUGGAGUCCCAGAUUGUUCUGAACACACAUGUGUGUCUUUUCUCCGGAGAGCCUACGUCAUUGAAGAAGUGGAGACAUGGGGAUCGUAUAUUCGGAGCCCGUCUGCCAGGCUGCCUACGAUGAUGACCUCCACAGGGUGUACCUUCUCCUCAGCGAAGACAAAAAGAACCUCAACGCUCAAGACGGUCACUACGGAGACACGCCCAUCAUUGCCGCCUGUCGCCGCGGCAACACCAGGGUGGUCAAGUACCUGUUGGACCACAACGCAGAAGUUUCGUUGAGGAACAAGAAAAACAGAACAUGUCUACACUAUGCUGCGAGAAGGACCUUCUCCCUCCUGGACUACCUGAUGAUUGCCAUCCUCAUGCCCAUCCUGCUGAUUGGAUACCUCAUACUGGUGCAGAAACAGAAGAAGAAUGUCAGUCUGAUGAACCUGGUGCUCAGCAGUGCAGUGGAGGUGGAUGCUGUGGAUAAUAAAGGUAACACAGCUCUGCACUACGCCUGCCAGAGGAAGAGUCACCGCCUCGUUCCUCUGCUCCUGGAGAAGAGCGCUGACGCGUCCAUCCAGAACCAUAACAAGGAAACUCCUCUUGAUAUUGCCAGAAGGUUGGACUUCAAGAAGAUAGUCGCCAUGUUGAAGAAACCCCAGUGACGGCCACCUCUGAUUGAAGACAAGGGCAGACAUCCCAACCUGCAGAGACUCAUUUCCGGGAGGUAAUGAGUCUCUGAGUCCCCCCCCCCCCCCCCAUAUGCACCUAUCUCUACCAGAAAUGACCAUUUAGACAGUCUCGCUAGCUCGAAAUACAAAAUCCCCAAUUUCCGGGAGAUUGUACAGCAUUUGCGGGCGUCAGGGAGCCGCUAUUGAAAUGCGGGAGACUCUCGGACCUUCCGGGAGACUUGGGAUGUCUGCGAGGGGGUGGCACUGGCCACGGUUGGAACAUAUCUACAUGGGUGCUUUCAUAUUUUUGUACAUAAACGUAAGUAACAGUUGGAAGGAAUGACAUGGUGCUUAAAUUAAUCAUGAAAAAUAAAUGUUCUGAAUAAG